GAAUGGAAGCUACAUGAAGCAUAGAAGCAUUCUUCUAGAAUAAUUUCUUAUUUGUGACAGUAAGAUACAGGAGCAGAGAAGAUAGGAGGAGAGAGGAAAGCAUAAUUAUCCAUUUUAAAAGGACACAUUCCCAGUAAAAUCUGGAGAGUAGUGCUGGAUUAUAUGACAAUGACAAUUGUCUUCUAUUAUUCAGUGAUUAUAUUGCCUAUGCUACCUUUAGGAUAAUUAGCUAGUGACUUGCCCAUUAUUUCAAUUCCUAUUUUCCCCCAAACUGAAACAGUUGGGAGGAUGAGGGAAGUGAAAUAGCUAGCUGCACAGCCAUUCAGGAAAAAAACUUCCACUUUCAGCUUCCUCCUAGGAAAGCAGGCUGGUGAUGAGCUUUGCCCUUUGAUUUCUACUUUGCAGAAGGUGGUGCUGCUCUUUAUGGUCACUGAUUAAUCCUCCCCAUUGAGGCAAAGGUGCCCAGCUGAACACUCCGGGAAAACACUCCAUGAGCUUUGGGUGGGCAAAAGAGACUUUCAUUUAAAAUGUCAACGCGUUACCACCAGGCCACAACUGAUGGCUACCUGGAAAUUCUGAAAGAGGCUACCAAGCGAGAUCUCAAUCUUUCUGAUGAAGAUGGCAUGACCCCCACGCUCCUGGCAGCCUACCAUGGCAAUUUGGAAGCCCUGGAGAUCAUCUGUAGCAGGGGGGGAGAUCCUGAUAAGUGUGACAUCUGGGGAAACACUCCUCUCCAUUGCGCAGCCUCCAAUGGACAUACUCAUUGUGUUUCAUUUUUGAUCAACUUUGGUGCCAAUAUAUUUGCCCUGGACAAUGACCUACAAUCUCCACUAGAUGCUGCUGCCAGCAGAGAGCAGAAUGAAUGUGUUGACAUCCUGGACAAAGCUGCCAGGGACCAGAAUAUCCUGAACCCUAAAAAGGUUGCCAGGCAGAAGGAACAGGCCCAAAGAAAUGCCAAGAAACAGAUUAAAGAUUGUGAAAAGCUUCAAAAUAAGCAUCAGAAUAAAAUGAAUCACACAUUCAAGAAGGAGAAGGUUGGUACUCUAACUUCUUCCAAGGGCACUUUUUCCAGUUCAUUCUCUUCAAAUUCCUCCAUUCCCACUGCAUUUGGGACAUUCUCCAAGGGUCUGAAAGAUACCUUCAAGAUAAGGUCUAAGAAGAACAGGAACACAGAAGAAGAACAGUUGGGGAAAGCAACAGAGAAGGAGAGCAGGCAUGGGCAGCGAAAUGUGAUGGAAAUCUUCCAGGAAGAUGAGGAAGAGUCAUUCGAAAAUGGUUUCAAAGACAAAUUACAACUCACAGAAGAUGAAAACAGAGAUGUGCAACAAGAGUCCAUUUUCAAUCGUCCUGGUCUGGGCAAUAUGGUUUUUAGAAGAAAUACAGCCCUGGAAGAUAUCUCAGGCAGCAAGAGAGAGGUAGAGUUUAACAUAGUUUCAGGAUUACUCCAGCGAGGAGGAUCAGGGAAUACUGGGGAGACUGACCCAGAUGCAGAGAUAGAAGAAGAGGAUGAAGAUGAUAUGCCUUGGAAUGAGAAUGAAGUGGAAUGGGAGGAAGAUGAAGCAGAUGUUACUCCCCUUGAAUUGUUUUUGAUGUCUCAGAACCUAAGUGAGUUCAUCCCCAUCUUCAUGAGAGAACAAAUUGAUCUAGAAGCCCUCUUACUUUGCUCAGAUGAGGACCUCCGGAGCAUACAAAUGCAGCUAGGCCCAAGGAAGAAGAUCCUCAGUGCCAUAGACAGGAGAAAGCAGUUACUACAGCAUCCUGGCCAGAUGACUGACACAAGCCUCUGAUGAAUGAGUGUGUCCAGGAGCAAUCAGGGUUAAAGACAUGAUCUCCAUAAUACAGCUCUGGGAAAUAUCUUGAUGUCAAGCUACUGUUUCUCUUCUCUUCUCUUCUCUUCUCUUCUCUUCUCUUCUCUUCUCUUCUCUUCUCUUCUCUUCUCUUCUCUUCUCUUCUCUUCUCUUCUCUUCUCUUCUCUUCUCUUCUCUUCUCUUCUUCUCUUCUCUUCUCUACACCUGAAAAACAAACAACAAAACCCAAACAGCCACCUGGGGAAAUCCCCCAUUGCCUUCUGGGGAAUCUUACCUUUACUUGAAGCUGUCCUCAAGUCCUUCACAUCCUGAAUUCUGGGCAUACUCCUUCCAAAUAAACUACCACUGAGUAUCAUGAGGAGACCAAGGGAAUAUAAAAAUGGUGUCUCGUUUCACAGGACACUUCUCGAGUGUCUUUUUUGAUUCAUCUUCGGAAAGGUCUAGUGAAUGAAAAGGAAGAAAAAUACACCUUUCUGGUUUCAACUUUAGACUUGAACUAUCAUUUCUCAUCAUAGUAUGACCUACUUGUUAUAUUCAAAUUCUUCUAAAGUGAGCAGGCCAUUCUAUUUUUAAAAUAUUUUUACUUCUGAACUGAAUGUCACAAGCAUUGUCUGAAUACAUAAAGGAGUUCCUUACCUCAAUUUUGGACAAUCACUUGGCAUUGUUAUCAUAGGGUGACCUACUCAAACUCUGUGUCUAUUAACCACCCAAUACACCAAAAUCACUUUCCAGUAUUAGAUGGUUCUUAUUCCUAAUAGCACAAAGACAGAUGGUAUCCAAUGUCAUAAUUCCCUGACAUCAUCUUUCUUAUUAUUUGAUGCUCCCAAAUCAAAUGUAUUAAUGAGGUGCUUCUUUCCAAACCCACAAGUAGUGAAUAAAUAUAAAUGCUAAAUCAUCUUAAGACUUUUACUUUAAGUUCCUUAAGUUUAUUAUCAAAAUGCCAGAAUUCUCACUGGCACAGGCUUUGGGGGCAAUAUAUUCCUUGUCUUAUCCCAAUGGAAAAUGGUUUUUGCCUGAGAUGUACCUUGAUGUAGUCUGUUCUCUGCCAUGUACUUGUUUUGUUACCCUGGGCAAGUCAUUUGCCUCUCAGUGCCCCAGAUAAGAACAUACAAAUCUUCACUGGCAGAGGAAGUUUCCUCCUUAUAGUGAUGAAAAUUCAAGCCAAGACCAAAAAGAAGAAAAGAAAACAAAACAAAGAAAAUGAUUCUAUUUGAGAAGAAAAAUUUCAUCUAUCUUCCAAUUACAGUCAAAGAUUAAUUGAAUUGGUCAUAACUAAAGACUUAUGAAUUUUAAUGCUAUUAUCAGACAACAGAUUAACAGGGAUACCCUCCCUCACCCCUCGUAAAACUCAGCAAGCAAUUUUGAUAGUAAGAAGGUUUAGACUAAAUCUACAACUCAUCCAAUUUUUUGCUCAAAUAAUUUCUUACAUUAUUCAAGCCUCUUCAGAAUCACUGGUAAUGAAGCAUUGAAUGAUAGACCUUGAAGGUACUUUAGUGACCUAAGUUCAUUAUUUUACAGAUAAGGAAACUGAAGCUCAAAAAACAUGGUGCCUUAAGGUCGCUUAUCUAGAAAGUGGCAGAAUGAAGAUUCAAACCCAUAUCUCCUAAGUACAAGUAACUCGCCAUUAAGCCAUACUGUUUCUUUUUGUAAGUUAAGUCCAGGAGAGGGACUGGAUAAUUUCUCAAUACCCAUGAAAAAUCAAUUCCUUUGAUUUAAUCCUUUGUUGCUAUUGUUUGGUCCUUUCAAGCACAUCUGACUCUUCAUGACCCUAUUUGAGGUUUUCUCAGCAAUGGUACUAGAGAGGUUUGCCAUUUCCUUUUCCAGCUCAUUUUGCACAUGAGGAAAUGGAGGCCAACAGGGUUAAGUGAGUUGCCCAGGGUCACACAGUAUGAGACUGGAUUUGGACUUGGACCCUCCUGAUUUUAGGCCUAGUGCUCUAUCCUGUGAGCCACCUAAUUGCCUUAAUCCUUUGUAAUGAAAAUACAAGUAGUUGCAGACAAGAUCUCUGCUUAUCUAUCUUGUUAAUCCUGUUUGUCCAAUCUUGACCCCAUUGAGAUGAAAACUAUAACUGUACAAUGGCUCUGGAUACAAAUUGUUGUUCAGUUAAUUUCAUUUGUGUCUGACUCUUCUUGACCAUUUUGAGGUUUUCUUGGUAAAGAUACUGAAGUGCUAUUUCCUUUUCUAACUCUUUUACAAAUGAGGAAAAUGAGGCAAAUAGGAUUUAAUGACUUCUCCAGGAUCACAUAGCUAGUAAGUGUCUGAGGCUAGAUUUGAAUUCAUGAAGAUGAGUGUUCCUGAUUCCAAGCCAAGUGCUCUAUCAAUUGUGUCACCUAGCUGCUGCCCUCCUCCUUACCGUAGUAGUCAUAUAUCAGUGUUAAUAAGUUGACUUAUUUUCCAAGGCCAGUAUUUGAUGGGCAAAGGGUAAAAAGAGAGUGAAACUACUGGUAACUAAAGGGAAGAAGGUGGAAUACCACAAUGAAAAAGAAGGAAGAGUAAGAUAAGCUCUUACAUCACAAAAUCUGGCCUUGGAUUUGGCCUGCCUUCAAGAGGAAAAAAAAAAGAAUUUUUUCAUAGAGAGGAGUCAACAGCAGAGAAAGAGAGGCAUGGGGUGGGGGGAGGGAGGGAAGGAGAGAGAGAGAGAGGGAGAGAGGAAGAGACAGAGAGACAGAGACAGAGAGAGAGAAAGAAACAGAGACAGAGAGAAACAGAGAGAGAGAGAAAGAGAGGGAGAGAGAGAGAGAGAGAGAGAGAGAGAGAGAGAGAGAGAGAGAGAGAGAGAGAGAGAGAGAGAGGAAGAGAGACAGAGACAGAGACAGAGAGAGAGAAAGAAACAGAGACAGACAGAGAGAGAGAGAGAGAGAGAGAGAGAGAGAGAGAGAGAGAGAGAGAGAGAGAGAGAGAGAGAGUUACAUGGCACUCCAGCAGGAAGAAAGAAAUGGUAUACAGAAGCUGACCUCACUUUGAUAGUCUCGAAUCUCAGCUGUCAUAGGGUUAGGAGAGAUGGCCAAAAGAGGAGAGGACAGAUGAUUUGCUACAUCAUCUCACAGCACUAAACACUUCAGUGUGAGCACUGAUCCACUGGAAGUACACAGAUUAGGUGGACUCACCUGUUUGCUCUAAUCACUCUUGGUACUUUUAGCCAAAUAAUUAGCUGUCCAAUACCUCCUUUACAUUGUACAUUGAGUAUCUGUACUCCUUUCCCUUUUGGGGAGAUCCCAGAUAAGAAUGAAGUUGCCUAAUGCAUGUGGCCCCCUGGAAAUGUCCCAAUGUCCUGUAGAUCAGGGCUGGAUUCACCUGUUUGAUCCCAUUAUAUAUAGCACCCAUAUAGAGAGGACCCAGCCAUCACAGCAUACUUUCAGCAGCAAAUAAGAGAAAAGAGGGGUGAUAGGAGAAAUCAUAGGUUGGAAUUUUGGAAAGGGAUUAGGGGUAAUAGGAUAAGGAGAAAAGAACAUAUUGUUUUUAAUGGAAUAAUAAUAUUCCAUUACAUUCAUAGAAUGUGUUCCCUAGACAAGAUGAUUAUGAGAUGUGUACAUGAUGCACAAGGAGGGUAAUAUCUUUCAGGUCCUCUUGAGGAUAAACACACAAUCUUCAUUCCAUAGUAUUUCUAUAUAAUUGCUUACCUUAUAAAUUACUUCUUUCACAGAAUUUAGUCUAGGAAGGAUGAUUAGAAAUUACUUCAAAAAUUACAUAAAAAUGAAAAAUCUCUCUUUAGUUUUGAGCCUGCUCAGUGAGCCCUGGUAAAAUCCCUUUCCCAUGAGCUAGCUGCUCUCUCAGAUGCAGACCUCAAACUCAGUGUCAGAAAAAUAUCAACAUUACUAACCAUGUAAUUUAUUAACAGUAAUAUAUAAUAUAAUGACAAUAAAUAUUUAAGCAUUGUAUAAGGCUGUGAGAAAGGCCAUAGGGUACUCAACAGCUCCAAAUAAUUUCUGUUCUAUAACAAUGGAAUUACGAUCCAACAUUUCUGUUUUUUCAGGAUGGCAGUUAGACUCUUAAUUUCCCUCAGAAAUCCUCCUCAGAAUGUCUCCCUGACAGAGUACAAAUUUAUCUCACUUCAUUUCUCAUUAGAAAUGAAAAACAGGGGCAGCUGGGUAGCUCAGUGAAUGUACAGGCCUAGAGAUGGGAGGUUCUGGGUUCAAAUAUUGCCUCAGACACUUCCCAGCUGUGUGACCUUGGGCAAGUCACUUAACCCCCAUUGCCUAGCCCUUGCCACUCUUCUGCCUUGGAAUCAAUAUUGUGUGUUGGUGGAAGGUAAGGUAAGGGUUCCAGAAUGGUAAAUUCAGUGCACUUAAAAUAUAUAUUUUUUAAAUUAAUUAUUAAUUUAAAAUUUAUUUUCAGUUCAAAAUUGAAAGGAUCUGUUUUUUGAUAUGAUAUUAUUUCUUUAAAAAAAUUUUUUUUAUUUAGACUUUUUCCAUGGUUACAUGAUUCAUGAUUCCCACCUACCUCCUACUCUUUCCUCCCCCCUUCCUCCUGAAGCUGACAAGCAGUUCCACUGGGCUAUACAUGCAUCAUUGUUCAAAACCUAUUUUUGUGUUUUUCAUAUCUGCAGAAGAGUGGUCUUUUAACAUCAAAACCCCAAUCAUAUCCCUCUCAAACUACAUGAUUGAUCAUAUUUUUUUUUCUGCAUUUCUGGUUCCACAGUUCUUUCUUGGGAUGUGGAUAGCGUUCUUUCUCCCAAGUUCUCAUAAGUUCCUCAGACUUGUCCUGGAUCAUUGCACUGCUGCUAGAGAAGUCCAUUACAUUCGAUUGUGCCACAGUGCAUCAGUCUCUGUGUACAAUGUUCUCCUGCUCCUCUCACUCUGCAGAUAUAUCUCAUUUCUAGCUUUAUGUUGAGACUCAUAUCUAUCCUUCAAACCUCUUUCCCCAUUUCUUUGUUCUAACAAGUACAAGGAAUGGUUUUGACAUCUCCGAUUCUAGAGCAUCUUCUAUUUUAGGGUAAUUUAAAAGUGAGAUUGUGGGUUCUAUCCUGCCCAGUAAAUAAGAAUCUUCUUAGGCCAGAUGCGUCUACAAGCAGUAGGGCAAGCCUUAAGUCCUGAGUGGGGUGAAAGGACAACGUCACUCUUAAAUGAGUAGGACCUGAUUUUUCCUUCCAAACAUUAGAAUCCUAGGACAGGGCAUGUGAUUUUCCAUCAUCAAUCAAGGAAUUGAGGAGGGACUGAAUGUUGGACUACUUCCUCAUUAGAGGAAGUUAGAGAUGUCUUGGGAUGGCUAGGGGAAAACUGAAUAACAAGAUUCCAAAAUUAUAUUUAAUGAUGCAUGAGGCUGAAUUUCUUGGUCUUUGGUCACCAAGAGAGAUCAUUGACCAAUUAAUUUAUUGGUUAUUGCUAGCCUGGUCAAUAAAUUGAUUUUCUUACCUGGAACUCAUGGAAUUUUAAAUGAUCACAAAAUUCUCUUUCUCCACUCCUCUCUCACCAACUGAGGAGGCAAGAAAUAUGAUACUCAUUUUACAUAUGAAAUCAUGUAAAGCAUAUAUCUAUGAUAGUCAUGUGAGGUUGGGGGCAAGAAGAAUAAAAUGAAAAUAAACGGUUCAGUCUUCACUGAGUCCCUCAAUUCUCUAGUGCAGCUUGGGGAGGGAGGGAAGGAGAUGAGUGGGAACUUUCAUGUAACAAAGAAACAAAUAAAUUUUUAAGAAGAAA